AUGAUCGUUGGCUAUGAAUUUGGUCAUCGCUUCCCUGAAUGGCAGCGAGCUCAGAUCAAGUUUGCCCGCACCGAGCAGUUUCAGCAAUGGUUCAUUGCAUCGGCUCCCGGCAAUCCGGUGCUCCUUCGCUGUUUGGAGUUGAUUCGCCAACGCUACACCUGGAAGAUCGAGAGCACCUUGGAGUUGACGGGCCCCGGCGUCUUCAGCGACGCGGUCCACGAGUUUCCGGAAAUGAAAAGCCCUCACGCAGUGGAGAAAGAAGUCGAAAUCCGACGUCACCCCCCAGAGGCGCACUUCUUGUCCUAUCCCAGUGAAAGUCUCUUUGGCUAUGGCCAGUGGAAGAUGUGGGUCUUCGCCGCCGGCCGUGUGAACGCGGCGCCAAUGAUCGCGGCCGACGAUCCCACAGAGGGUCCAGAGAACAUGGUGGGGCACCACUUUGCAGGCACCUGGAAGAAAGACAAGGAUAUGGAAGAUUCCCAGAAACGUCGCGAAGCCGAAGCUGCCAAGGCGACAUAG